CCCGAACGAAACCGUGAGUCGCUUGUUGGGGAGUGGGUCGAGAAAUCGCCCUUCAACGCUGCAGAAGAGACACUUUAUCGCCCUCGCAUGGAGUUGCCGCGACGACAAGCAGCGAUACACGUGCCUGCGGCGGAAGAGCGUCGCGAUACGUCGAGGGAGCGCCGUUUGCCGAUCGAAGACUUGGCCGCUGCACUUCAUUCAAUUGCGAAGCCGCGUCCUACACCGCGCGCCUUCUACGAGCUGCCAAACUUCUACGGGGACCCUGCAGACUGGCUCUUCUUCAAGAGGAGAUACGAGGAGUCAUCGGCCACGUACGAGUUCAAGCCGUCGGAAAACUUGGCAAGAAUUCAAAUGGCGGUGCAAGGCAAAGCUAAGGAGCUCAUUGAAGAUUUGCUCCGCACUAGCACGAACCCGAACGAGUUAAUACAAGUGCUAGAUCGAACAUACGGAAACCCGCAUACGUUACUUCAAUGUGCAAUGGCGAAAAUCAGAAGCUUGCCCCACGUCGCUGAUAACGAUAGUGUAGCACUACGAAACUUUAGUGCCGCAGUCCGUUCAUGUGUGUCUACAUUGAAGAACAUAAAGGCGGACGGAUACUUGAACAACCCUCAGUUAGUGCGGGAGUUAUUAGACAAGCUCACGCCCGCACAACGCACGGAAUACAGCAAGUUUGCCCGGCGAGUUUCAUCGGAAGUGAACAUCGACUUGCGAGUGUCACCGACCUUAACUGUGCUAGUGGAUUUCCUAGAAGAGCUGGCCGACACAGCUGCGUUUUUGGUGUCUACUGACAUGGGUGGAGCACCUUCAAAGCCGAACCUACCCAAGUCUACGUACCAAAGUAGACAGCCAGCAAAUACGUCGACUGCACGUCAACCGAACCGUAUAGUACACAAAGUGAUGGAAGUCACUGAAAAAGAACCGGAAGUAGUGUGCGAGUUGUGUGAAGGACAACAUCGGUUGCCAAGCUGCAGUGAAUUUGUGAAAAUGGAACCUGAUAAGAAGUGGGACUUAGUUAAGAAACAUAAACUUUGUUUCAAGUGCCUGGUGAGGAAACAUAAUCGCCUGUCGUGCCGAGCGAAAAAGUGCGGCAAGUGCGAAUAUAAUCACCAUCAGUUGCUUCACGUGAUGAGGAAACCGACAACUGACGAGCCCGACGAGUCGCCACCAGCCGAAAAAGUGACGAAUUUAGGCGAGAAACGAAUGAAAUCGUUGCUGAAAGUGAUACCGGUGACAGUGAAAAAUGGUGAUAUCGAGCAACAAACGUACGCACUACUAGACGAUGGCGCCACGGUGUCAUUAAUCGAUAGCUCAAUGGCGGUCAACAUAGACGGACCGAAGUCACCGCUGCACAUCGUUAGUGCUGGUGGCCAUUCAGUCAUUGACCGGGGAUCGAGAAGCGUCAGAGUGGAAUUACGUGGGCCUAGCAAUAAAAGCCACACGCUAACUAUGCGCACGAUCAACGGAAUCAGAUUGCCGCCACAGACCAUACCGGAGGAAGUGAUAAGUCGAUGCAAGCAUCUACGGAGUCUGGGCUGCACCGCGAUGAAGAGCGCUGAGCCUCUGCUGUUGAUCGGACAGGACAACUGGGAGCUUAUCGUUGGAGGCGAUGUCCGAAGAGGAAAGUCCGGACAGCCGGUGGCAUCCCUCACUGAAUUAGGGUGGGUGUUACACGGUCCAAUUGGAAAAAUGGGAAACACUGAAUCCGUCAACCACGUUUCCGACUUAAACGAAUUGGUCAAACAGCAAUUCGAAUUGGAUUCAAUUGGAAUCACAGAAGUGAAGCGCAAUAAUCUUGAGGACGUCAGGGCUACAACAAUUCUCGAGAAUACUGCGAAGUUCACCGACAAGGGAUGGGAAAUCGGUCUUCUGUGGAAAAAAGAUGACGUUGACUUACCUGACAACUACAGAGACGCCGAGAAAAGAUUGCGUGGGAUCGAAAAGAAAAUGGGCCGCAAUCCAGAGUUCGCCGAGUCAUACACUGCUCAAGUGAAUCGAUUAGUGGAACGAGGGUACGCUAAGAAGAUUGCCGAACCCAUCAGCACAUCGGUUACUUGGUACCUUCCUCACUUCGGCGUGACCAACGUGAAUAAACCUGGGAAACUGAGGCUGGUUUUCGAUGCUGCCGCCACAUACAAAGGCACAUCGCUCAACGAUAACCUACUUAGCGGUCCAGAUCUACUCAACCCGAUGCUGUCAGUACUGUUCAAGUUCCGAUCGAAGCCAGUAGCAGUCACUGCAGACAUAGAGGACAUGUUCCUACGUAUAAAGAUCACGGAAAAAGAUCAGGGAGCACAAUUAUUCCUUUGGAGAGGCAUGGAUAGAGAACGACAACCCGACAUCUUCGUGAUGGAUUCAAUGAUAUUCGGUGCCGCGUCUUCGCCAACGUCCGCUAUCUUCGUGCUGAACAAGAACGCCGACAUGUUCAAAGGUACAUACCCGGAAGCAGUUGAAGCAAUAAAGAAACAUCACUACAUGGAUGAUUACAUCGACAGCGCGGACGACGUAGACACUGCACUGAAGCUCAUCGCAGAAAUUACCGAAAUCCAUCGCCACGGUAACUUCAACAUCAGGGGGUGGUCGACAAACAAUAACGAACUCCGAGAGAAACUACCAAGCGUCGUUGAGAGUGUCAGUUUGUCGAAACUUGGAGGAGAAACCGAACGAACCCUUGGCCUCAUAUGGAUAACCAGCGAAGACACCCUUGCGUUUGACCUGUCAUUCAAGAGGCUACGUUCCGAAAUGGUGAAUGGCGAUGAAGUGCCCACGAAGAGAGAGUUUCUGCGCUUCAUAAUGAGUCUCUUUGACCCACUGGGACUCAUUUGCCCGUUGUCAAUUGGCUCCAGGAUUCUUAUGCAAAAGAUAUGGCGAGCGGGAACGCAAUGGGACGAAGUUCUGAACGAAGACUGUUUCCGUGACUGGAGCAAGUGGUUGAGUGACCUGCGACAAUUGCAAGAUCUUAAGAUACCGCGAUGGUACGGACUGAGGUCUUGGGCUGUAGAAUUACACGUGUUCGGAGAUGCAAGCGAGAAAGCAUACUCAGCCGUCGCGUACUUCGUGGAUGAAUGUAGAAACGUCGCGCUCGUAGCGGAAAAAGCGAGAGUCGCACCCAUCAAGAUAGUUUCAAUGCCGAGGCUCGAGCUACAAGCCGCGGUACUAGUCUGUCGAUUGGCCGAGACAGUAAAAAAGGAUAGCGACUUCGACAUCAUAAAAACGACGUUGUGGAGCGACUCGAAGACAACGUUGUUUUGGAUAAGGUCGAACCCGAGGGAGUACAAACCUUUCGUCGCACAUCGACUUGCUGAGAUCGACAGAAAAUCGAACAUAGACGAUUGGCGCUGGGUUCCGACUGCAGAAAAUCCAGCAGACGAAGCCACUCGUGCGGGAUGGUCGCAAGAUAAGUCCAUCUGGUUUAGUGGGCCGGCAUUCCUGCGCAAACCACAAGAGGAAUGGCCUAUGGAAGCUGCUGCUGAAUGCACUCCUGACGCAAACAUCGAGCUUCGAGCGACGCCAGUUUGCGUGACAGCGGAAGCCCUGGAGCCGACGAUAGAUGUCACGAGGUUUUCUUCGUGGACACGCACCGUACGUACUACUGCGCGUGUACUAGCGUGGCUGCGCCGACCGAAGACGAAGACCGGCUCUAUCACAGGAGAAUUGAUCGAUGAAGCGGAGACCUACUUGAUCAAACAGUCGCAAAAGACGGCAUUUUCAUUGGACCUGAAAAAGAUCAAGAUGGGCGAGCCAUUACCUUCGCAGAGCUGCCUGAAGAAUUUGGACCCAAUGCUCGAUGAAGACGAACUGCUACGCGUAAGGGGAAGGCUGGGGACCGCUGAUAUUCCCUACGAAGAACGCCACCUCAUCAUUCUGGACGGCCCAGAUCGAACUACCGAGGUACUGGUACAGCAUUACCACUGCCGAAGCCUUCACGGUAAUAAUGAGACUGUGGUAAAUUUGCUCCGUGAAAAGUUCUGGAUCAUCAAGCUGCGGCCGACAGUAAAACGAGUGGCGCAGAACUGCCAACUUUGCCGUGUGCGGAAAGCACGCCCAACACCGCCAAAGAUGGGAGACCUUCCAACAGCAAGGAUGAUGCAUCACAGGCGGGCCUUCACUCAGUGCGGCAUCGAUUAUUUCGGACCCAUGGAGGUUACCAUCGGGAGAAGGCGAGAGAAACGCUGGGAUGUGGUCCUGACAUGCUUAACCACGCAGGCCAUUCACUUGGAGAGCGCCGUAUCACUCAGCGCUGACUCAGCAGUCAUAGGUUUAUCACUGCGAAGGUUUAUCGCUCGUCGAGGUAAACCAGAGAUGAUAUAUAGGGACCGAAGAACGAACUUCAUAAAUGCCGACCGUGAACUGAAAACCGCGUUUAAAAAUUUGGAUCGACAACUCGAAGAAGAGGCAACCACGAAGGGCAUCCAGUGGAGCUUCAUCUCGCCGGCAUCACCACACAUGGGCGGGUGCUGGGAAAGGCUCGUUCGUUCCACGAAGGCCGCGUUAAAAGCCACCCUGAAGGAGCGAGCCCCAAAAGAAGAGCAAACGGUGCUAGCGGAAAUAGAAGCCAUAAUCAACAGCCGUCCGUUGACGCACGUGGCUGUUGACCCGAGAGAUCCAGUGGCGCUUACACCUAACCACCUGCUGCUGGGAACCGCCUCAAAUGCGACGCGUCUGGGAAACUUCGUCAAGACCGACUUGUGCAGUCGUAAACAGUGGAGAAUUGCUCAGGCGCUGGCUGAUAUCUUUUGGGCACGGUGGCUAAAGGAAUAUCUGCCUACGUUGCAACCACGCCAGAAGUGGACGGAAGCAGUACCACCGCUUCAGCCAGGCGACGUCGUGAUCGUCGUGGACGGUGCUCUACCCCGCAACGUGUGGCCGCGCGGGAUAAUAGAAAAGGUGUAUCCUGGCGCGGACGGGCAGGUUCGAGUUGCGGACGUGCGGACUUCCCAUGGAGUGCUACGGCGACCAGCUACAAAGAUCGCGGUUCUACCUACGUCAAAUAUGUAAUGUUUCGGACUUAAGCCCUCAACCAGGGGGUGGAAUGUUAACGGUAGAACCUUUUUGUAGUAGAAUUUCUAUACAAAGUAACUAUUGUCUAUUGUUAUUAGAGUAAGAUGGACUGGGGCGUGAGCGAGACAAAGAUAACAAUUGUCCGUUGCUGUGAUUGUGUGAGCUCAUGCCUCAGUCGCCGUUUGAACACGCUAUUACUGUCACGUUUGGAUCGAGCCCUGUGUUUCAUUUUGCUGACCUGCCCUUCGACGUUAAUCAACCCCGCGUCCUGUCUUCUAC